UUCUGGCUCCUCCUCUCGAGAAGCGACUCCACAAAGCAGUCCCUGCCUCCUUUUCACAGCUGUUGUGAGUAAGAACCGACCGGGGCAGAGACUUGGCAUCCUGGAUUUUAGGGUUUGGAAGCGGCUUUUUGGGAUGCAGGAGACCAUCCUGGGACAGGCGGAAGGAAGCUGAGCAGCAGGAUUCGCACUCAAGCCGGGAGCCGCUUUUGGUCGGAAGGUCGGGAAAGCGCUUUUGGGCAGGAUGGGCUGCAUCAAGUCUAAAGAGCACGGCCUUCAACGAAAGACAUCCAAAACCCAUUCAAGCUCCAGCCUCCAAGGCCAUUAUGUCAAAGAUCCGACAUCCAAGCCGUUUAUUACUUGCCAAGGAUCCUGUGCGGGGAACCUUCAGGGAAAUGAUGGACUGGAAGACUUCGUUGUCCUGGCUCUUUACGACUAUGAUGCGAUCCACACGGAAGACCUGAGCUUCCGGAAGGGAGACCACCUCAAAGUCCUAGAGGAGUCAGGCGAAUGGUGGAAAGCCAAGUCACUAUCAAACGGCAAAGUAGGCUUCAUCCCAAGCAACUACGUCGCCAGGGUCGAUUCACUGGAGACAGAAGAGUGGUUUUUCAAAGGUGUCAGUCGCAAGGAUGCCGAGCGGCAGCUGCUGGCCCCUGGAAACGUUAUUGGCUCCUUCAUGAUUCGAGACAGUGAGACCACCAAAGGGAGUUACUCCUUAUCUGUGAGAGAUUUUGAUAACAUCAGCAAGGUGGACAUCGUGAAACAUUACAAGAUCCGGACGCUGGACAGCGGGGGGUUCUACAUCUCCCCUCGGAACACCUUCAACAGCCUCCAAGAAUUAGUUGCCCAUUAUAAAGGCCAAAGUGAUGGGCUUUGCCAAGUGCUGACCAUCCCGUGUGUUGUGCCGAAGCCUGAGAAACCCUGGGAGAAAGACGCUUGGGAAAUCCCUCGCGAAUCCCUGAAGCUGGAGAAGAAACUGGGAGCUGGGCAAUUUGGGGAAGUCUGGAUAGCCACAUACAACAAGCACACAAAAGUCGCCGUGAAGACCAUGAAGCCGGGCAGCAUGUCCGUGGAAGCCUUCCUGGAAGAGGCCAACAUCAUGAAGACCCUGCAGCAUGACAAACUGGUCAAGCUGAAUGCUGUCGUGACCAAGGAAGAGCCGAUUUACAUCAUCACUGAAUUCAUGGAGAAAGGCAGCUUGCUGGACUUCCUGAAAAGCGAUGAAGGACGUGGUGUGCAGCUGCCCAAAUUGAUAGACUUCUCUGCCCAGAUUGCUGAAGGUAUGGCUUUCAUUGAACAGAGAAAUUACAUUCAUCGGGACUUGAGGGCUGCCAACAUCCUAGUCUCAGGAAUAUUAGUGUGCAAAAUUGCAGAUUUUGGCCUGGCCAGAGUGAUUGAGGAUAACGAAUACACAGCCCGGGAAGGUGCCAAGUUCCCUAUCAAAUGGACUGCACCGGAGGCCAUCAAUUACGGCUCCUUCACCAUCAAAUCUGACGUCUGGUCUUUUGGGAUUCUGCUGAUGGAAAUCAUUACUUACGGACGGACUCCUUACCCAGGGAUGUCGAACCAGGAGGUGAUGCGUGCCCUCGAGCGGGGCUACCACAUGCCCCGUCCGGAGAGCUGCCCGGUCGAGCUCUACGACAUCAUGCUGCGGUGCUGGAAGAAGAAGCCGGAGGACCGUCCCACCUUUGAGUCCAAUCAGAGUAUCCUGGAGGAUUUCUUCACUGCCACGGAAAGCCAGUAUCAGCAACAGCCUUAGAAAAAAAACAACAGAUAUGUGAGAAAAUGCUGGCAUGGGAAGGUCCAUGCAAAGAACCAUGCCAGUGUGGACCUCAAGAUUCCCUAAGCAAAAGGAGCUCUCUUCAUGUUGCCUGCUUUCAAAGGGAUCUCCAUGGCUACUGCUUGAAACUGUUCCUGCUUAGACUGAAACUUGAUCUAACAAAAGCAGUUCAUGCAUUUUUAAUCAAAACAUGAAGAAAUCGCAGCCAACCAAUACUGGUUCAGAGGGAAAGUGACAUGUACUUUUUGCUUCAAGUUCUUGGAAAAGUUCAGACUCUCCCACCUUUGGUGUCUUAAUGACCAAAGCUGGGUGGACAUCUUUCAGGGCUGAUUUAGUUGUGCACUUCUGCACGGCAGAGGCAUUGGACUAGAUCAGGGGUUCCCAAACUAAGGCCCAUGGGCUGGAUGCGGCCCUCCAAGGUCAUUUACCAGGCCCCUGUCCUAAAUGUUAGACUUAGGGUUGACCUAAGUCUUCCUGGUCUUUGGAGGUCUCUUUGUUUACUUAUGGCCUUAUGAGAUCGUCUAGAUGGUCUUUGAAGGUCUCUUUGCUUAGCUACGGUCUUAUGAGACCAUCUAGAUGGCUUUUGAGGGUCACUUUCUGUACCUAUGGUCUUAUGAGAUCAUCUAGAUGGCCUUUGAGGGUCCCUUUCCUUACCUAUGGUCUUAUGAGAUCGUCUAGAUGGUCUUUGGAGGUCCCUUUCCUUACCUAUGGUCUUAUGAGAUUGUCUAGAUCGGGGUCCCCAAACUAAGGCCUUCCAAGGUCAUUUCCCUGGCCUCUGUCCUAAACUUUAGACUUAUGAUUGACCUAAGUCUGAAAUGACUUGAAGGCACACAACAACAACAAUCCUAAUUUUGGACUAUUUCAUCAUAGUCUGGGCCCCCAACAGUCUGAGGGACUGUGAACCGGCCCCCCACUUAAAAAGUUUGAGGACCUCUGGACUAGAUGGUCCUUGUGAGAUUUAUGGUCUGCAAUUCUCUGAAUUCUUCAACCAGCCCAGCCAUGGGAGUUGCAGUGCAGUAUUCAUCCUUUGUUCCAGAAUGCUUGAUUGUGUGCAUGUUUGUGUGAGAAAGAGAGAGAAAAAAUGCUUUAAAUAUGUUCAUCUGUAGCACUCUAAUCCAGCUGCCACCUGUUCUUUUAUGCAAGGAAUGGUUCCUAAUUUAGGUGGCAAAGCCUAAGGAGGAACAGUUGAGUAUGUUUAAUGUGUUGUCAGAGACUUUCAUGGCCAGAAUCACUGGGUUGUUGUGGAUUUUCCAUGUUCCAGAAGCAUUCUCUCCUGACAUUUCACCCACAUCUAUGGCAGGCAUAGUUUUCAAAUAUUCCUCACAACCUCUGAGGAUGCCUGCCAUAGAUGUGGGUGAAAUGUCAGGAGAGAAUGCUUUUGGAACAUGGCAAAUACAGCCCAGAAAAUGCACAACAACCCUGAGUAUGUUUAUUUGGAGAAGGAGAGAUUGAGAGAUGACAUGACAAAAUCAUUGGCAAAUAUCUAAUAUGGAAGAUGGGGAGAGCUUGUUUCCUGCUGUUCUGUAAGAACACGAUCCAACCCAAUGGAAGCAAAUUAAGAAAGAUAUUCUGCUUGAAAAUUAGGAAAAUAUUCUGGAAGAAUUCCCUGACAGUGAAGUGGACGGAUUCUCCUUUCUUAUGGCUUUUUUUUUACAUUGGGUUUGGAUAGACACCAGUCACUGAUGUGGGUUAAAGGUAUCAAGGCUGGACUAGAUGACCCUUUGAAUCCCUUUUACCUCUUCGGUUUUAUGAGUUUAAUAUAUGCACAUAAACUAAUAAAGAAGCAUUUCUUAAAAUGAGGAACAAGUGAUGAGCCCAACUGGAAGGGAAAGGUAUAUAUAUGAAUUGCAAAACCCCAAGUGAAUAACAGUUAUGAGUCAACAAGAAGAAAUACUAAACUGUGGUAAUCAUCUUCAUAUUUCUAGCUCACAUUAUUGACAAAAAUAAUAUGUAAAUGAAAUUCAAGAGAAAAAAAAAAGGUUCUAUUCUGGUUUUACUUGGGAGUACCAGAGGAAGCUCAGACUUUUACAAAUGAAGUGUGCAGACUAAAAUUGCAAGCACAACCCAGAAAUGUAAAUAGGGGCAGAAGAUGGACAUGGCUUUUUUCAUGUCAAGACUUGAGAAACUGCAAGUCGCUUCUGGGGUGAGAGAACUGGCUUGUCUGCAAGGAUGUUGCCCAGGGGAUGUUGCCUGGAUGUUUUGAUGUUUUUACCAUCCUUGUCCCCACAUGGAGCUGGAGCUGAUAGAGGGUGCUCAUCUGCAUUCUCCCCGGGUUGGGUUCAAACCAGCAACCUUCAGGUCAGCAAUUCAAACUUCAAGUCAGCAGUCCUGCCGGCACAAGAGUUUAACCCACUGUGUCACCAAGGGCUCCACGAUGGACAUGUAUCUGGACUAGAUUAGCAAAGGGACAAAGAGGAAAAAGCUUGGAUUAGCCUCUCGUGGCUCUUCGAUCUCAGUGGAUUCCCCCAAUAGCAUUAAGAAGGGCAUUAAUAAAAAGCCAUAUUUGGCUUCUUGAAAUGUUAGACUGCCACUUAGUAGCUUAUAGCCAAUGGACAGUAUAUGACUGAUGAUUUGCACUUGCUCAGCCAUUGUUGAGAAGGAUCUCCAUCUCUUUGUUUUGCAAAACAUUUGCAUCUCUCCUUCAAAGCAACAUCCCAAACAAACAAGGAAAACAUUGAUUUGUUUCCUGGGCUACAACUCUGCUAGCAAAGAUUUUUUUUUUAAAUCAAACAAAUAUUUCUAUCGUUAAAUGCUGCAAGCUUUCUUAUUUUUUUGUUCCAGCCUUUCUUAGGGCAGCAGAACUGCUGAGUUUUUAAAAUGAACAGCAGUAGGUUUGCCACUUCAGCACAAACAAACAAAAAAUACAAGAUGAAUGUAGCAUCUAGAAAUAUUGGUUUCAGGAGUAUUUUAUAUGGCCUAAGGACUCAAAAUGGAAUGGUUUGUGUUGAAGGGACUGCAGUUCUUUUGUCACACCUCAAAGUAGUCGCUGUUGCAAUGGGCUAUUCCAGGCAUGCUCCAAUACUUGUCCUGCUUUUAUACAUACCAUUUAAAUGCUUUUGUUCACAGGCAAUGUAAUGCUCAUGAAACCCCGGGAUUCUGAAAGGCCAUUGCAGUUAAAAGUGGAAUCAUAGUGCUAUAAUUACACAGUGCCUGAGUUUGUCAUCUCAAUGGAAGCUCACAAUAGGCUUUCCAUUCACAACUGGACACUUCUAUAUCUAAAAUCCUCUGUGAGACCAGUAUAAAGGAAGAAAACCCAAAUGGGGUUUGAUGAUGCCUAUUUACUUUGUAUAUUUGAAAAUGUAUUGAUGUAAACUAUAUUUUGUGUCUUUUAUAAUAGUAAAGUUUGACCAAGUCAAAA